GGAAUCUAAGGCAGCCGACAGGAGAGCAAGAUGGCGCCAGAGGAGUAGUCGAAACAUCUGCCUCUGAUGUGGUUGUCCUGAACACGUCAAAAUGCCCAGGUUUCUGGAGUCAACAAUUACAAGCCUCUGAGUGGACAUCUCCCUCCCACCCACAGCAGGUGCCUCUCGGGUGAGCGGACCUCCUCCACCCCCACCGACACCGCCCCGGGAUGAAGCGGGUCUCGGCCUCCUCGCCCGCGCUCAGCAAUGGCUUUGGACUGACGACGGGGAGCGGGCCAGGCCCCAGCCCCGGGGCCGAGCAGACCCACGACCACUGCCACCAGGGCUCCCCACGCGAGAUGCACAGGGCCUCCGCCACCGUCCGCGUCUACCUGCCCAAUAAGCAGCGCACUGUGGUGAACGUGCGUGCAGGGAUGACGGUGUACGACAGCCUGGACAAGGCACUCAAAGUGCGCGGACUGUCACAGAAGUGUUGCGCAGUCUACAGAUUUAUUGAUGGCCACAAGAAGCUGACGGACUGGUCAACGGACAUCACGCCCCUGGUGGGUGAAGAGCUGAUGGUAGAGGUGCUGGACGAGGUGCCACUGUCAAUGCACAACUUCGUUCGGAAGACCUUCUUUAACCUGGCCUUCUGUGACUUCUGCCUGAAGUUCCUGUUCCAGGGUUUCCGGUGCCAGACGUGUGGGCACAAAUUCCACGAGCACUGCAGCAGCAAGGUGCCCACCGUCUGCCUCGACCUCGGCAAAUACCCUGCCUCACCGGAACUGUGUGAUGAGCCGUCUCUGUCUCCGCUGCCUGCUGAUGCGAUCCACGGAGCCCUCACCCCUCAGCCCAGCAGGCUGGCCGCGCCCACCUUCACCUUCCCGCCGCCCUGCCAGCCCGCUGAUGGACAGCUGCAGCGACAGCGCUCCACCUCCACGCCCAACGUCCACAUGUCGAGCACCGUCGCGCCGGUCAACGCAGCACUCAUAGAGGAUGUAUUAAAAUCCCAGGCCAGUCCGGGACAUUCACCCAGCCCUCCGCACUCAGCCUGCCCCCAGGGGAUGUCGACAACGACAGGACGGGAGAGGAAGUCCUCUGCCCCUGAGGACAGGAGGAGAGUGGUCAGCGGUCUGGGCGCGGCGACGGCUCCUCGGAUAACCGGACCCCGGGAGUACCAGCCUCUGCAGAGGGUCCGGGCCCACCGGGAUUCCAGCUUUUACUGGGAGAUUCCCAACAGUGAAAUUAACAUCCAGAAACGAAUUGGCUCCGGCUCCUUCGGGACAGUCUUCAAGGCCAAAUGGCACGGUGACGUGGCCAUCAAGAUCCUGAAAGUGACAUGUGCUACCCCCGAGCAGUUUCACGCCUUUAAGAAUGAGGUACAGGUGUUGAGGAAGACGAGGCACGUGAACAUCCUGCUCUUCAUGGGGUUCAUGUCGAAGCCGCGGAUGGCAAUCGUCACGCAGUGGUGCGAGGGCAGCAGCCUGUACAGGCACAUCCACGUCCUGGAGACCCGCUUCGACACGCUGCAGCUUAUCGACGUCGCCCGACAGACCGCACAGGGCAUGGAUUACCUCCACGCGAAGAACAUCAUCCACCGUGACCUAAAGUCCAACAACAUCUUCCUGCACGAGGGCCUGACGGUGAAGAUCGGCGAUUUCGGCCUGGCGACGGUGAAAUCGCGGUGGAGCGGUUCCCAGCAGGUGGAGCAGCCCAGUGGCUCGAUCCUCUGGAUGGCUCCAGAGGUGAUCAGGAUGCAGGACAACAACCCCUACAGCUUCCAGUCGGAUGUCUAUGCCUACGGGAUUGUGCUGUACGAGAUCAUGAGUGGGACCCUCCCCUACUCCCACAUCAGCAACCGUGACCAGAUUAUCUUCAUGGUGGGCCGUGGGUACCUGAGUCCUGACCUCAGCAAGGUCCACAGCAACUGCCCCAAGGCCAUGAGGAGGCUCAUCGUCGACUGCACCAAGUUCAAACGUGAGGAGCGGCCCCUCUUCAUCCAGAUCCUGGCCUCCAUCGAGAUGCUGCAGCGUUCUCUGCCCAAGAUCGAGCGCAGUGCCUCUGAGCCAUCCCUCCACCGCGUGGUCCAGGCCGAGGACUUCAACCCCUUCCUGCUCACCACCUCUCGCCUGGUGCCGGCUUAGAGCCCUUCCCUGGUUUCCUGAUCAUUUCUGCCAGAGGGCGACCCUGCCCUCCCCGAAGGGAGACUCUUCCCCCUCCCACACCCUGUUUCCACUCCCCCCCUCCAAAUAUGUGUCCAGAGUGGCAGUGAUUGCCAGAGUCUUCAUAGUAUCUCACGUAACUUCCCCAGGGCCUUCGUCUCUGGCCCCUCACCUCCUGGUACCUUUUGUCCAUGGCUCCUUGUCUUCUGGACUCUCAAACUCGGCCUCCUCAAUUUCCAAAGAUUCAAAUCUCUGCCCCCCCGCCUUGUCCUCCUCCCAGAUCCUUCCACUCUGAGCCCUCAUCCUCAGGUGCUUUGUACCCUACCCCUCCUCCUCUGAGGGGUUCCAACAGUGGCCUUACAUACUAGUUUCAAGCUGCCUGGUGGGGUGUGGAGUCUGGUCCAUCCCCCUCUCCUGUCGGGAAGGUCCCACUGUACUGAUUGCUGCGGACAUUCCGUGGAGCAGGAUGGACCCAUGUGCCAGGAGCUGGUGUCCCGGUAACCCUCUGCCCAGGGUCAGCGGAGAAGCCCUUCUGUGGCUCACGGUGACCACUGGCACGGCCCACCCAGGCAGUUUAGUCCUGCCUCGAUAUCGGAUGCAAUGUUUCACAUUCCUAAUCUUCUGGGAUUAAAAUCGAUUUUACACUGAA